CUGUUUACCGUGUGUCCGUUUCCUGAGUGAGUUUUCGAGUGUACUGUGAUCCUGCAGCUAAUGUGUCUCAGUAAAGUAUUAUGUUUAUCCUUAAACACUGAUUCCUCAUCUGGUCUCUUCUCUGCACCUGGGUCCAACUUCAGCACUUCACAGAAAACUUCUGCCUCAACAUGGACCCAUCGGAGAUCAGCCAGAUCCAGAAUGCUAUAACCCAAGAAGGAGCACUGCAGGGGCGGCAGCAAGAACAACUUCCCAAAUAUUAGAGACCCUCCGGGCACUUACCGAUUCCCUCCAACCACGGCCAAACCCUAGCUCAGGAGGAGCCAAUGCCCAAGUCUCAUCGCCCAGUGCAACAGGCAUCGCCUUAGUUCCUCCAGGGAACCUGAAACGGUAACCCAAGAUCCCAGCCCUCGAACGUUGUGGCAGCCACACGGGAGGAGGCAAGGAUUUCCUAACUCAGUGCUCUCUGGUGCUACGGCGGUGUUGGAACAGCGUCAUGCAACUCUAUAUUAUCCUUCACUGCCGAGCUGCGAAGAUUCUUUAACCACCACCUUCAACCACCCAGUCUCCGCCGAGAAGCAGCUAGCCGACUGUUCUACCUCCCCCAAGAGGCUAGACCAGUGGCUGACUUCACUAUUGAGUUCCCGAACCCUCGCCGCCAAAGGUGGGUGGAAAACUGAGGCACUGGUCAUCGCUUUCCACCUAACUCCAAGGAUGAACUGGCCGCUCGGGAGCUGAGAGAGGACCUUGAGUCCCUGAUAACGCUGGCCAUCAGGAUGGACAACCGCAGCCAAAACGUGUUGUCUAAGAGAUCAUCAUCAUGUCAGCUGGGAAUCAUAGCUUUGUGACAGAGUUUGUCAUCGUUGGGUUCCCUGGACUUCAGCCAGAGUUCUACGGUCUUGCCUCAACUGUAUUAUUCUUGGUGUAUUUUUGCACUGCAGUAGGAAAUGUUGUUAUUCUUGUAUUGUUCGCAACAGACCGGGAUCUCCACAAACCCAUGUAUUUUGUUAUUUUACAUCUGGUUGUUUCUGAUAUUCUCUUCAGCACCACCACAUUACCAAAGAUUAUUGCCAGGUAUUGGUUUCAAGCAGGGGCCAUUUCAUUCACAGGUUGUUUUGUCCAGAUGUACUUAGUGCAUUAUUUUGGAACUGUAAAUUCAUAUAUUCUAUUUAUAAUGGCUUUAGACCGAUAUGUUUCAAUCUGUUUUCCGCUCAGAUAUCCAAUGAUUAUCAAAAACUCCACUAUUCAUAUUCUCAGUACCACUGCUUGGAUUGUUGCGAAAGCCGGCCCAUUGAUGAUGGUAAUUAGGGCCUAUCCUCUUCCUUACUGUGACUCAAACAAAAUCAUGCAGUGCUACUGUGAUCAUAUCGCUAUAACAACGCUUGCAUGCACUGAUAGGGCUCCUUAUAGUUUUCCUGCUUUUAUCUUUGCCAUGCUGGCAUUACUGGGACCUCUUGCUUUUAUUAUAUUCUCAUAUUGCUCUAUUAUUGUGGCAGUUGUUCAGAUUGCGAGCCCCCAAGGCCGCAUCAAAACCCUUUCUACCUGCAGUGGUCAGCUGAUCAUCAUUGCCCUGUAUUAUCUACCCAGGUGUUUUAUUUAUCUGGCCAGUAAUAUCGGCAUUAGAUUCAGCACUGAUUUACGUAUUGUUGUUAUCAUGUUGUAUAGCCUGCUCCCUCCCAUGAUCAAUCCACUGAUAUACUGUUUCAAGACAAAACAUGUAAAAACAAGCCUUAUGAAAAGAUUCAAGAAGUCAAUUGCUCCACAGAAAGAUAAUGUAUUUGCUGUCAGCCAAUGAUUAAAGUUGAUUUUUAAUCAGA